GGAAGCGAAGUGGCGAGUGAUCGAUUUUUAUGAAAGUCCUUUUCACCGCGUUGAAGUGGACCGCAGCAGUCAGCUCGUCGUCCGAACGUCCGACAAGACGCAUAUCCCUCUUGUCCCGAUUGUUAUUUUAUCCACUUUCGUCCGAUAAUGGCCGCCUACAAGCUGGUGCUCAUUCGCCACGGAGAGAGCAACUGGAACCAGGAGAAUCGCUUCUGCGGCUGGUUCGAUGCCGACUUGAGCGAGACGGGCGAGAAGGAGGCGAGGAGAGGCGGGCAGGCCCUCAAAGACGCAAACUUCGAGUUCGACAUCUGCUACACGUCGGUGCUGAAGAGGGCCAUCCGAACCCUCUGGUUGGUCCUGGACGCCAUCGACCAAAUGUGGUUGCCCGUGCAGCGCACCUGGCGCCUCAACGAGCGCCACUACGGCGGCCUGACGGGCCUCAACAAAGCCGAGACGGCGGCCAAGCAUGGCGAGGCCCAGGUGAAGAUCUGGAGGCGCUCCUUCGACGUGCCCCCGCCCCCCAUGGGUCCCGAGCACGACUUUGACGCCGUCAUCAGCAAGGAUCGGCGCUACGCAGACCUGACCAAGGCGCAGCUUCCCACCUGCGAGAGCCUCAAGGACACCAUCGCGCGGGCCUUGCCCUUCUGGAACGAGGAAAUCGCCCCGCAGAUCAAACGGGGGAAGCGAGUGCUCAUCGCCGCGCACGGGAACAGCCUGAGGGGCAUCGUGAAGCACCUGGAGGGAAUGUCGGACGCGGCCAUCAUGGAGCUCAACCUCCCCACCGGCAUCCCCAUUCUGUACGAGCUGGACAAGAACCUGAAGCCCGUGAAGCCCAUGCAGUUCCUGGGAGACGAGGAGACCGUGCGCAAAGCCAUGGAGGCCGUCGCCGCUCAGGGCAAGGUUAAGAAGUAAAAAAAAAAAACAAACAAACAAACAAAACACUUGGAUCACUCACAACGAGUCUCUUGAUGUCACUAAUCGUUGUGUGUUUAGUUGGAACACUGUAACGUCCUUGUGCUGGGGAAUUAAGUCAAUACAACGUUGUUAAGACGGUAAAUAAAAGGUUCAUUAAUAUGAAACACUCAAAAAUAUUAUUGGACUUGUGUUCAUUUGUGCACUUGAUUAUGUAAUUAAUGAUAAAUUACAAUAAAUCGAUGUUUUAGGCCUCAUACAAUUGUGUGUUUUAAAUUGUAAUCCAUAAAUGACGUUUGAAUGGAUUUUGAUUCUGAGAAUGACUACAUGAUGGACGGAUUACUCAGAAAAAUGUGUAUAACGCACAUUGAGAAUGGAAUUUUCUGUCUGACAUAUUCCGAGAAUAAUGCGAAAUUAUCAGGUUUUCUGAUUACAAGUAAAAUGCACGCUUUUAUCGGCGCAUUGGCCUCACAGUUCUGAGGACCAGGUUCAAAUCCCGGCGCUGCUUGUGUGGCGUUUGCGUGUUUUCCUCGUACCUGCGUGGGUUUUCUCCGGGUGGGCACUCCGGUUUCCUCCCACGUCCCAAAAACAUGCAUUCAUUGGACUCUAAAUUGUCCCUAGGUGUGAUUGUUGUUGUUUUCUCCAUGUGCCCUGCGAUUGGCUGGCAACCAGUUCAGAGUGUACCCCGCCGCCUGCCCGGUGACAGUUGGCAUAGACUCCAGUACUCCCAUGCACCCUUGUGAGGAUAAGUGGCUCAGAAAAUGAUUGGAUGACAACGAGUAUGCCCUUAUCCUGACUUAAAAGAACAACUUUAAAUGGCCACUGAAUUUAAAAAAAAAAAAAAAAAGGUUAAUGUGUGUUAUGUCAUUAAUGUUAAUUGUGUUAUCGUUUCUGGAAUGUUGUCCUAUGGUGAAUAUGAGUCCUGCAGUGCUAUGACUACUGAGCGGGUUGCUGUAAAACAUGAUGGCAAAACAUAAAUAAUCCAACCAUUUGUCUAACGAGUGUUAAUAUUCUCUCAUGUGUAAUGCUGAAAAUAACAUUAAAGAUGUAUCGCAUCUCUGUC